AUGAUCCACCAAACGGCGGGCACCACCACCCUUGUCGAAGCAAAUACAAGUCCAAGUUCUGAGACAGCCCUUUUCGAAGUCGUCUUCGCCUCUCUCAAUCGCGCAGAGUUCACAGGCUCAGCUCUUUCCGGUGCUCGGCUUCCUCUUUCCCCGAGAAACACCACACCAAUCCUCCGAAAUCAGACGACGUCGUGGAGCUCCUCUGUUUCCUCUCCCAUUAGUCUCUUCCCUGGCGCCAUCCUCCCUCUCCAGAUCUUCGAGUUCCGUUACCGCAUUAUGAUGCACACGCUGCUCCACACCGACCUCCGGUUUGGCGUCAUUUACUCCGAUGCCGUAUCCGGUACCGCCGACGUGGGAUGCGUCGGCGAGAUCGUCAAACACGAACGACUCGUCGACGAUCGCUUCUUCCUCAUAUGUAAAGGUCAAGAACGGUUCCGUGUCACCAAUAUCGUCCGCACGAAACCGUUCGUCGCCGAAGUCAACUGGCUCGAAGACAGGCCGUCCGGCGACGGAGAUUUAGAAGGAUUAGCCAAUGAAGUGGAGAUUUACAUGAAAGACGUGAUUCGGCUAUCCAAUCGGCUUAACGGGAAACCGGAAAAGGAAGCGCAGGACUUGAGGAGGAAUCUUUUCCCGACGCCGUUUUCGUUUUUCGUGGGGAGUACAUUUGAAGGGGCGCCGAGAGAGCAACAGGCUUUGCUGGAGUUGGAAGACACGGCGUCCAGGUUAAAAAGAGAGAAGGAAACUCUAAGGAACACUCUUAAUUACUUGUCCGCCGCAUCCGCUGUGAAAGACGUGUUUCCCUCCUCAUGAUGAGGGGCUUUGAUAAAAACUUGAACAAAACUUGGGUUAGAGUUUGGUGAAUAUAUAGAUAUUUUGAUGCCUAAUUUGUUAUACACGAAGCUGUAAAUUUUUGAUAUGGAAUCUCUCUGUUUGUUUUGUACUACCAGUUGUUAGAAUCUUGAAUGAAUUGUUGAUGUUAACAUGGUUAAUUUGCACACAAGCUAGUCUUUUGAAGAUGUUUCAAGCUUACACUUUCAUGUUACU